UUUUUAUUCAUAGUUGCACAGUGUUUUGUACAGGACUACAUACAGGUAUAUAUCAGAAGAGGCUGCAAUGUCUGAAUUCGUACAAUUUUAACCUGCAUUGCUGUACAUGUUAUAUUGAAGGAAGAGGUUCUCUGUCGCAUAUAUCAGCUGGUAAAUCAUGGAUCAGUCUGCAGAUUCCCCAAACUUCCUCUUAAACGACUUGUCACCACGAAAGAACCCUGUUAAACUGAAUCUUCCUGCAUCGUUUGGCCGGCGUUCUCCUCUCAAACCUGCUAACAAGUCCUCAUCACACAUGAUCAGUAGCUCGCUCAGUUCCAUUCACGGUGGUCGUGUUCUCAAGGAACUCAACUCUUUCCGCAAUCAGGGUCUCCUCUGCGAUGUCUCCAUCGUGGUCAAUGGAACCAAGAUCGAGGCCCAUCGAACCAUACUUGCCGCAAACAGCAAAUAUCUACGAGACCAGCUUCUGAAGAUUGCUGCGCGAGGGAAGUCACCCGUCAACAGACCUGAGAUUCAGCUGGAUGGGGUAUCUGUUGCAACACUCCGUUCAGUUACGUCUUUCAUGUAUACGUCUGAGCUGGGAGAAGAUAUCUCUAUAGAGCAUAUCUUAGAUGUCUUCCGGGCUGCGGUAAAGCUUAAAAUGCCAGAACUGAAGCAGUACUGUGCAGAACAGACUAAGAACUUACUCAAACCAGACACUUGUCUUAACAUCUUGAGACAGGCAGAGAACGCAGAUUCUGGCAAAAUCAAAAGAAGCAUUGAGAAAUACAUUGCUGAGAAUUUUAUGCUUCUUGUCAAUAGCAGUGAAGACUACUUAACAAUCUCCUCUGAUAACAUGAUGGCUAUCUGCCAACUUGAAGAGUUCCAUAGGAAUGGUUCUGCAGCAGAGUUGCUUCAUGCCCUGAUAACCUGGAUCCAGAGUGGCUCCGAGUCUAGAAUAGAACAUACUCAACCCCUUCUUGAAGCCAUCCGUUUCCAUGACAUUCUCCCAUUGGACAUCCGUGCUGAGAUCUCAUCCAUUGAGUCCCACCUGGUCAAACCGGAAGAUGCACCACUCAAGCAGAAGCUGCUGGUAUGCAUCGCAUCUCGUACUCAAGACUGUAUCCGUCCUUCCUACAUGACACAAGCCCCUGGGAAGACUACAUUCCUGCUGGUAGGUGGAGAUGAUGCUACUGGAGCUCCUAUUGAUAGAACCUUUACAUUCGAUCCAAUGGUAGGGGACUGGAAUAACGGGAGUGCAAUGCCCAUUAGCAGGCUAGACCAUGCCAGUGCUGUACUUAAUGGUGUCCUCUAUGUUGCAGGUGGCCAGCACUCUGCACACAACAAGGCAGCAGACAGCAUUGGCACUGUCCAUUCGUACAACACCAAGACAAGCACCUGGUCCCAGCUAUGCCCCAUGCAGAAGCGCCGUGCAGUCUUCUCCCUGAAUACACUCAACAACCGCUUGUAUGCUGUAGGUGGCAAGAAUGCUCACGGUUCUCUGGCCAGUGUGGAAUUCUACGAUCCUGCCUCAGAGUCCUGGACCUAUGUAAGCCAUAUGUACACAGGACUCUUUGGGCAUGCCAGCGUGAUACUGGAUGAUAAGAUAUAUGUAACAGGUGGAGUAGUUGCAGGCCGUCACUUCACAAAUGCACUCCAGUGCUACCAUCCUAAAUCUGAUAAAUGGGUCCACAUGUCUCCGAUGUCGUCCAAGAGGGCGUUCCACAUGAUGUGCACAGCUGGGGGAAAGCUUUAUGUUUUUGGAGGCAACACCAGAGACCCAUCCGCUAAACGAGUUGACUGUGAGUCCAUGGAGUGUUACGACCCCAUAACAGAUAGAUGGGAGUCCAUUGAGAACAUGCCACGCCCUGUGUGCUUUGCAGCAGCCGCAAUCCUAGAGGAUAACAUCUAUGUGUUUGGAGGUUACAGCGGUAAGAAGGCCAAGCGUCACGCGGACAUACAAUGCUUCAACAUUGAGGACAGGACGUGGUUCCUGGUUGGUCAGUUGCCUGAACCUGUAAUGAGGCUUUCCGUCAGUGAAUUAAAAGCACCCUCAGCUUUGAUUGUUCACUAAAGCUUGCGUUAGUGUUCUAAAAAUGAAGAGUUUAAUUCCUAAAUGAGCUAAAUCCAUUUUCGUAACUUCAGAGAAAAAAGAAAUGGUUUACCAGAUUUUGUGCAGGCAUCUAUGGAAAAGAGUGAUAUUAGAAGGUGCAUUUUUUCAUAAUUGCUCCUAAAAUUUAAGUAAAUAAUUUUGUUGAAAGACGGUUACUUAUUAUAAAGAGGAUUUAGCUCCUUUGGGAAUUAAGCUCUUCAAAGAGAUAAGGGGACAGGAUUCUAAGCAAUUGAGUGCAACUGCCACUUUACACCACCAAAACUCCCAUGUGGAAUUUGACUAAGACGAGCUUGUGUGCUUCUUGGAAAUUUAGAACAGGCUUAUAAAAAAAUCAUUUUUAAUAUAUAUAUUUUUUAAAUAAAAAUCAACCAAAGAUGUACAUCAUUCUUAUGCAACUUCAGAACAUUGUUAGGUUGGCACAUUAUACAUACACUCUUGUUAUUAUUUGUAUCCUUAUCACUUAUCACAGUAUCAUUGUUAUUAUUAUAACUUGGAGACAAAAUCUUAGUUCGCAUUCAUGUUUGAUAACUGGGUGGCACUGUUAAAUGUUUUGUUAAUUUUUUUUCUAUCAUGUAUUCUGUAAAAAGAGGAUGUAUUUAGAUUGACUAAUCAACUUUCUUGCAGACACACAAUAGGCAACAGCAACAGCAACAGAAGUGAUAUCAUUCAUAAUAACUUUGAAAAACAGUUUGAAUGUGUUCAAGAUUUCAGAAGUAUUAAUGUUAUCACAGUCUUGUAUAUAGUUAUAUACCAUAUUUAAAACCUCUUUAUGCAACAGAAUAAAGUAAUUAUCUCCUUUUAAUUAUUACAAUAUAGAGAGUAAACAGAUUUUAAAAUUGACAUUCCAUUUGGACAUUUAUUGUAAUGGCUGGUUGCCAGAACACUGCUGUAACUGCAUACUGUAAAUACUAAUAUGUAUACAAUUAAUAAUUCAACUCAACCUUAUGGUACGUAAUGCAUUUCUUUAUACAUCUACUUCAUGUAACUACAUUUAUUUUACUGUAACCAUUUCCUGGUACUCAUGAAAAUCUUUGCAAAAUGUUUACCAAAGUGAGAUAACAUAUUUUAGGUUCCAUAUUCUAAACUUUCUAUAAUGAAAACAAAAUUAAUUGAAAAUGAAAUUCUUUUCUAGUGCAAGUAUCAAAUUUUGAGGAGAGAAAAGUCUUCAUACAUGUAGCUUUCAUCAUAAGCAGUAAUGAUGUAUGCCAAAUGUUACUUAGAACUACAUUUACUGCAUGGCUAUAGAUAUUAAUUUCUCAUAUAUCUCCUCUCCAGCUCAUCCAAAACUCAGCAGCUAGAUUGAUCACAUUAAGUAGGAAAUAUGACCAUGUAUCACCUGUUCUUCGCUCACUUCAUUGGCUACCGGUCCAUUCUCGCAUUACUUUCAAAAUCCUACUUCUUUCAUACAAAAUAACACAUAACCUUGCCCCAAAAUAUCUUCUUGACCUAGUCUCCCUUCGAUCCUCCACUUCUGCCAGAUCCCUCCGUUCAUCUUCCUCCAUGCAAUUAAUUCAUGGCCCACAAACAAAAACCUGUUAUGGUGACCAUGCCUUUUCAUCGAUUACCUCCGCCCUCUGGAACAAACUCCCACCCCAUAUUCAAAAUGCCCCAUCCAUGGAAUCAUUCAAAACCCUUCUCAAAACCCACCUUUUUAAUAAGUUAUAGUUUACUUACCUUUAAUUUCAUUCAACUCAAUUGUAUUGUAUUGCAUUGUAUUAGUAAUAUUUCAUUUUACUUUGUUGCUUUUAAGGUACUGAACAUGCUGAAUAAUUAAAAGUUAGACAGUACCACCUGUGCGCUUAGAAACGUCUGUAUAAAGCGCCCUAUAAAUGUAAUUAUUAUUAUCAUUAUUAUUAAAGAUAAAUUACACACUGCAAAAACUAUGAGUAAGCAGAAUAGGUGUCAUGAAGGGGUUGCUCUUAUUGAAUCAUGACAAAAUUGUGUAGAAUACAUUGCACUUAAAGAUAUUUACUUAAAAUGAGUGCAUUCAGUAAACACAUUGAUAUUCUAAAGACUGGUACCACAAUUGUAAGUAUUAUGCUGACACAAUGAAAAGAUGUAUUGAGUUUUAAGGAAGGUAUUACAUUUGAUUCCCUAGGUACAUGUAUUACAGGUUAGGAUAGCCUAAUAUUCAUGAGUAGGAAUAAGCCUUAAAGACAAAGUUGUUUCCUUAAGCACUGUUUUCCCCCAAAAAAUACUUUGAAUCUAUGAUUACAACACUACAUGUCAGAUGUGUGUACAUAUUUUGCUACUUUAGUUCAUGUUAUUUUGCCAUUUAAAUCACAUCAAAUCAAACUUGUAUAAUUGAUUGUUUAAUAUUCAUUACAUGUGUUUCUCAAAUAAUCAUAUACUGGUAAUUAA